CUCCCGUGGCGCCAGUAGCCAAAUUAAACAGCAAAUUGAUCUGAAAUCAGAAUCACUAUUCACAUUCAUAGUAAUUAUUAUAUUGAAUUUCUUGUAUUUGCAACUUAUUUGCAAAUCUUGUACUCCCUUCGUUUCAAAUUGUUAGUCAUUUUGGCUUUUCUAGGUGCAUAGUUUUUGCUAUGCACCUAAAUAUAGUGUAUGUCUAGAUGCAUAAUAAUAUUUAUGAAUCUAGAAAGCCAAAACGACCUACAAUUUGGAACGGAGGGAGUAUAUCUUAAAAAGACACAUGGAAUGAAAUUUAAUCAGAUAUGAAUGAAUUUCCUUUGAAGCCAUUGCUUGCUUCAUUACAAUUCUAACAUCUUACUGCUAACAUGGUUGUUCCUCAUGAUGCACAGUGUUGAUGUCAUGUGCCUACCUCUUUUGUCAUCAAACCAUGUAGCAAGUUCCCUUGUUCCAUGUGAAUAUUGGUUCACCUAAGUUUGGGUUUAUUAGUUGUAUUAAUUUUAAUUCUUGAUCUUUAUACGAAAACCACAAUGAGUGAGACUAGAUAAUAGGCUGUUUGCUGAGGAAAUGGAGAAUUUUCCUAGCAGUGCAUUAUUUCUACUAGACACAGAAUGCUGUAUACUUAUGUAACUGUUUUGGGGGGGUGGGGGGGGUGGGGGUGGGCAGAAGGGUGUUCUUAUGUUAAGUACUGUAUCUGCAACACUUACUUUGCACAUUUAUAAUUUGUCCUUUUGUUCUUUGCUUCCUUUGAGAAAUCAACCAACUAUUCUUUAGAUCCUUCUUUGUCGAAAGAGUCUUGAAAUGAUAUAUCUGGCGUAGCUUGUGACCCUUCCUUGACAUAAUACAUUAAAUUUGAUUACUUUUAGCCUAUGGAAACCUGAAAGUCUACAGCUUCUCCCUCAUUGAGCUGAGCAAACAAGUUGAUGACCUUUUUGUCAAUUUAUUUGAUGUGUUGAAUAGUAAAUAGUCAUUAUAAAAGGAAUGAACAUACCUCACCAAUGACACAACAGCUAUCCAUUUAAUAACAAAGCUACCAUAAAUUAAAUUUAAUCUGCUAUUCUGGUUGUUUUCCAAUAGCUGCAUGAUGUUCAAAGUCAAUUUCUACAAUAGCACAGCUUCUUCCUGAUUGUAACCUGAAAUAGCUAUACAUGCGAUCUUCGUAUAUUAGUCAAUCAGCAUGAAGUUGGUCAAAUUUGACAGGAUUGCAUAAUUGUCGCAAGCUAGAUCAGGUUGAAAAUUUGAAGUUGAGCACAAAGGCUUGUUUUCUUUAUGUUCCAGAAAUUGAGUUGCUACAGUUUCCUUUUCCUAGCAGCGCCUUCAGGGCACUAUUAGAUCCCAUAGCUCAAGGGCAACUGAGAAAGGGAUGUUUCUUCCCUACAAAAAAGCUACAUGUCUCUCACAAAUGCAAACAUCUCAGUCAUCACAAUAAAGAAAAUCACAUUAUCCUUUUUAAGAAUUCCACAUUGUGUGUUUUCUAACAAGAUAAAUGCAUUUAAUAUUAGGCUCAUUUUUACAUUCAAAACACAGCCUGGUUCAAUUUCAGCAACUUAAUUUGCAAUAAAUACAUUAACAUAGUUUCUAAUGUUAUAAGCACUAAAAGGUUACUUAGGAUAGUUCUUCGGUGACUAUUUGUGUUCCUUUAUAACACGUGACUGAACCACCCUUAACAAUAUUUCAAACAAUUAACUUGUACGCUUGCACUUAGGUGUAGGCACUUUCUCAUGAAUGAGUAUCUGACAUGUUGCCAUCCUGGACACGGUGUUAUCCCACGUUUAAGUUGCGCAUAAUUACUAACUCCUGAAUGUAUAGACCUUCUUGGAAACAUCUCUUUUCUUUUUAUAUUUAGCCAGUCCCUGUGCCUUUCAACAUCUUGAAAUUUCUCAUCUUGAAGCCUAUUAAUACAUGUUCUGUGUACAUAUACUUCGCCAUCCUGAUUGUCCUUGUGGAGUUCAAUUGCGUUAAUCCUGCACAUAGAGAGACUUGGAACAUGGAGGAAUCAAAAACCAUCCAGCCACCAACUUAUGGCAACCUUGUAACAAUUCUUUCCAUUGAUGGUGGGGGAAUUCGAGGAAUCAUUCCAGCUGUUGUUCUCUCCUUCCUGGAAUCAGAGUUGCAGAAACUUGAUGGAGAGGAAGCCCGGUUAGCAGAUUACUUCGAUGUCAUUGCUGGGACCAGCACAGGGGGCCUUGUGACCUCAAUGCUGGCUGCACCAAACAAGAAGAACAGACCACUUUUUGCAGCCAAGGAUAUUCAAGAAUUUUAUAUGAACCAUGCUCCCAAGAUUUUCCCACAGAAGAGGGGUCCAUUUGGUGGGAUAAUGAGGAUAUUCCGAUCGCUGUCAGGACCUUCUUAUGAUGGUAAGUACCUUCAUGAAGUUGUCAGAAAGAAACUAGGAAUCACCAGGCUGCAUGAGACUUUAACUGAUGUGGUAAUACCAACUUUCGACAUCAAGCGGCUGCAACCAACUAUUUUCUCAUCCUAUGAGGUUAAGAAUGACAAGUGCAACACAAUGGAUGCUCUACUGUCAGAUAUUUGUAUUAGCACAUCUGCUGCUCCAACGUAUCUACCUGCACACUACUUCAAGACAGAAGACUGCCAUGGGAACACCAAGGAGUUCCAUCUCAUUGAUGGAGGAGUAGCUGCCAAUAAUCCGGCUUUAGUUGCCAUUGGAGAAGUAACAAAGCAGAUAUUCAAGGAAAACCCAGAUUUCUUCCCAAUAAAACCUAUGGACUAUGGUCGGUUUUUGGUCAUUUCACUAGGCACAGGCACAGCUAAAUAUGAAGUGAACUACAAUGCACAAACGGCUAAAUCAUGGGGAGUGUUGGGUUGGUUGCUUGGCAGUGGAUCUACUCCCCUGGUAGAUAUUUUCACACAAGCAAGUGCAGAUAUGGUGGAUAUCCAUAUCUCAGCUGUUUUCAAAGCUUUGCAUUCUGAGCAAAACUAUCUGAGGAUUCAGGAUGAUACUCUACAAGGGACACUGUCCUCAGUUGAUAUUGCAACCAAGGACAACAUGGAGAAACUUGCCAGUAUUGGAGAUGCGCUAUUGAAGAAACCUGUCUCACGGGUAAACUUGGAGACUGGUCAUAUGGUUCCUGCUUAUCAUAGCCCAGAGAUGACCAAUAAAGAAGCUCUAAAGAGAUUUGCAAAGCUGCUGUCUGAUGAAAGGCGAAUUCGCAAGGCAAGAUCGCCAAAAUGAAGAAAGUCCUACCCCUUGUGUCCAUACCCCGAGAACUCCUGCAUGACUUAAUUUUGAAAUUAGUUGAUAUUGUUUGUUGAUACAAAGUUCUGCUGUAACACAAUUCAAUAUUGCGUAGAUGAUCAUACUGACACUACACAUUAACGUUGUUAGGCUCUGCCUGCUUUCUUGGCAUGUAAAAAAAAAUGUAAACACUCUAAUAUUGCUUUUGAAUAAAUAUCAUCAUUUAAUUACUUC